GCGGUCCGCACCGGGAGUUUAGGCAGCAAUCAACGAGGCAGUGGGGGUCCCUCUCCUAUGGGAGAUCAACCACCCACGUCUCAGCAUCGCAGUAGGCUGGCUACACUGACCAGAUUAUUCAAGCCGUGGAAGUGGCGACGGAAAAAGAAGUCUGAGAAGUUUGAGGCGACGUCACGGACUCUCGAGAGAAAGAUCUCAAUGCGGUCUUCCAAAGAAGAGCUCAUACAGCGUGGAGUUCUUCAGCCUCAAGAUUUCAGUCCUCCCUUAGGCUCGCACGACAUUUCCAAACUUGGUGAGUUGAGUGGCAAGGGCGGUUUCGUAAGUGCAGUCCCCGAUGGAACUCUUUCGGUUCUGGCUCUGCCCGAGUUGGGUGUCGUUGAGGAAGGAGUGGGCAUGCUUGGCGAGGUCGGUCUCAUACCGCCUCCGCGCGAGUUUUCGAAUGAGAACUCACCGGCUCCUUCUCCAACCCUUCCACUGCGGAUCGCGCAGGUCACUUCUAGUCUCAACCUCAAGUUUUCCCAGAUGCAGCAACAGAGGGACUCUCCUACGUCGCUUCAUCCUCCGCAUGCCAACGGCUCCUCUAAUGGCUCUGGCACUGAGUGUGUGGUUGGGAAGGUCGGAGCUUUGCCCGUCGAUUGUCCAGUAGUCCCGUCUUUGCCAACAGUUCCUCCUCCGCCAACGAAUUGCGACGAGGAUGACCCCGAUGACGGCGGCUUUUCCAACUACAACAGUAAGCACCAAGGCCUACAGCAGAGUCUCCUGCUCCAGCAACAACAAGUGAGUAGAGAGGAAGGGUACAUCAGCACAUCCGAAGCACCCAGAGGAUAUAUUUCCGGAAAUUCAAGAUCGCAAGGUCACGAGACGAGUCUCCUAUUCUAGGCACAACAACAACAACAGCAGCAGCAGCCCCCGCUCCAGGCUCAAGAGAGGAUGGUGAAUUUUUCCACACUCCAGCAACAGGUUCAGCAGCAGAUACAGCAGCAGCUCCAGGCGCAGCAGCAAGGCGUUGCCUCGAGCCAAUUCCAAAGUUCGCACAGCUCGUUCAAACCUCUCCCUCAAAACUUGGACGAAGAUACCGAGAAGGAACAAGGCGCGCGAUCGUCACCCCUGCCCAACUCGUCGGGGACUCCAACUGGAGGUGCCCCCGCUCCCAUAGGAACCGCUUCGAUGCCCCGUAAAUCCGCGCUGAAAAAGACGACUUCUGCUCUAUCGGUUCACGGGAAUAAUCCCAAUUCCCCGAAGCUGACCAAUGGUGUGGGUUCGAAUCCCGAGAGUCCGACAGUGGCUCAACAACCUCUUGUCACCGCUGUGAGUUUAGCACAAUUGCGGCUGCGGCCGACGAAUUCUAGUGGACAAAACGGCCUUCCAUUUAACAAGGCUCCGCCGUCGUAUAGUGCAGCGAUGCAGGACAAGGAGAACAAGAGCGCGGGAAGCGGAGGACUCCCCUUGAAACCUCCGCCACCAUAUCCGUCAGUACUAGCACGAUUCAACUCAGUGUCAUCCAAUCAGGACAGCGAUGACGAAGACGACCCAGUGAAAUGGCGCGAUUACUACGGAGACGACGAACAAGGACGCCUCCAAGCGAAGAUAGCUCGGAAGGAUUCGUUAGCGCUCAAGCUCGCACAAAGGCCCGAUAAACAAGAGCUAAUCGAUCGAAACAUUCUGAAAGAUGAAAGUUAUUUCCGAGAUCGCGCUGCAACACGAGAAGCCUUGAGUGGAAAGCUAACUCGAAGACUGAGUUUGAGGCCAACAGCUGAAGAACUUGAGCAGAGAAAUAUUCUCUACCAAAAUACGCCAGAAGAGCGCUUGAAGGAGAAGGAUAUGAAGAAAAAGGUGCUUAUUAGGAAACUGAGUUUCCGUCCGACGAUUGAGGAGCUUAAGGAACGGAAAAUCAUCCGUUUCAAUGACUACGUCGAGGUCACGCAAGCUCACGAUUACGACAGACGCGCCGAUAAACCGUGGACGCGACUGACGCCAAAAGACAAGGCCAUGAUUCGUAAGGAGCUCAAUGAGUUCAAGGCACAAGAGAUGGAGGUUCACGAAGAGAGUCGACAUCUCACAAGGUGA